AUGCGUUCAUUAGGCGUUCUGGGUGUAGCGCUACAUGCCUCUCUGCUCAUACUGCUGACUCAAGGAAUUCACAAAUCUAGAGAUGGAGUUUAUCACGGAACAUCACGACGCUUUGCUAUAGACCACCGUCCACCUGGAUUCCAUCACCUGGCACCGAUGUAUAUGAUGCACCUUUACCGGAAUUACAAGUCAAAUCUCACUCGGCCUAUCGACGUAAUGGAGAAGGCCAUCGUAAAACAAGCAGACACAGUCAAGAGUGUGAUGGCAAAAAGUUUAUUUCACAGACACCGACGCUGGACUGCAACCUUUGACCUGACCAGCUUAUUGGCCGACGAACGGAUCCAAGCAGCGGAGCUCAGGUUCAGGUUUCCCCGGGCGACGAGGGCUUCCAACAUUACCGUGGAGAUCUACCAUCACCACGACUACCCGUGCAGGCAGACACAGGGGAUCUGCCAGGAACACCAGCUGGUGGGAUAUUUCUCCGUCUCCUCUGUGAUUAACUCCUCUCAGCACUGGAAGGUACACAAUCUUACUGGUCCGCUGUUGAACUGGCUCGGCCAGGAACACAUUUCCAGGAGCUCAAUGAAGAGGAGAUCACCAAACAAGACAAAGAGAGAUGUGUACUUCCCCAACCCUGUCCAGUUGGCUGGGUCUACAACACAGCAGAACCCUGUCCAGUUGGCUGGGUCUAGAACACAGCAGAACCCUGUCCAGUUGGCUGUGUCUACAACACGGCAGAACCCUGUCCAGUUGGCUGGGUCUACAACAGGGCAGAGUCAGUGUGCGAGUGACAGAGCCCUACUGGUUGUAUUCUCUCAUACAGGGACAGAGGAGGGCUCCCAGGCCAAAGCCAGUCUCCUCCACACGGCCGAACAGUCCAAGUUCCUGUCCACCACCGAGUCCAAGAAGUUCCGCAGGCCGAAGAGACACAGGAAAAAAAGGGGCCACUCAGGCCAGAGGGAACCGCCAGACAUGAGGGGUCCAGAGGUGUCUAGCGGAAACAUCGAGAUUGACCCGUCUCUCUGUCAAAGAGUUGAAAUGCAUGUAGACUUCAAUCAGAUAGGCUGGGGGUCCUGGAUCGUCUUCCCAAAGAAGUAUAAUGCCUAUCGAUGUGAGGGGAUCUGUCCAAGUCCUUUGGGAGAAGACUUGAACCCAACAAAUCAUGCUUACAUGCAGAGUCUCCUAAAACACUACCACCCUGAGCGGGUUCCCUCGGCGUGCUGCGCCCCCACCAAGAUGAGUCCUCUAAGCAUGCUGUAUUAUGAGAAUGGAGAAAUGCUGCUUCGCCAUCACGAGGAUAUGGUUGUGGAUGAAUGUGGCUGCCUGUAGCCUCUGUCACAGGCUUGAACCCGACCUAAUGACCGGAGCAAAGCCCGGGGCCGUCUUCUCACAACCGCUUGAGAUGGAGACGAGGCUACCACUCGUCUCCUUCGGACGCACGGAAACAGAGAGUUCCGGAAACAUUCGAGUGGAAUUUCACUGACAGAACUAUUAUCCAAGAGUCUGUAUGAGAUGGUCGUAAACAAUAAGAAAACACUUGGUGUUAGUUCUUUUGAUUAUUGUGACUGUGUGUAACGGGUGUGAAACGGCUAGCUUAGUUAGCGGUGCGCGCUAAAUAGCGUUUCAAUCGGUGACGUCACUUGCUCUGAGACCUUGAAGUAGUA